AAUCCUUCUCUUUUCUCUUCGUUUUCGAGAAGUCAAACGUGCUUGUUCUCUCGUAGCUAAGGCCACCCGGCGACUUGCACGUACAUUAAUUAAAAUGGCAUCCAAAGCUGAAUUAGCGUGUGUUUACUCCGCUCUCAUCUUGGUCGAUGACGAUGUCGCCGUAACUGGUGAGAAAAUCUCGACCAUCCUCAAGGCCGCCAACGUCGAUGUCGAGCCUUACUGGCCCGGCCUCUUCGCGAAGGCGCUGGAAGGCGUGAACGUGCGCGACCUGAUCACGAACAUCGGUUCCGGCGUGGGAUCCGCGCCCGCCGGUGGCGCUGCUCCCGCCGCCGCCGCCGCCGCCGCCCCAGCCGCCGAGGCCGCCAAGGAGGAAAAGAAAGAGGAAGAACCGGAGGAGUCUGACGACGACAUGGGCUUCGGUCUCUUCGACUAAAAAGCUUUUUUUAAAUAAUAA